AUGGAGAAAGUCACCUCCAACAUUCCAGUUGUUGAAAAACCUAUAAUUCCACCAGAUAUCAAUAAUCCCCCUAGUUCAAUUCCAUUAAAGUCGUAUGGGGAAAAUUAUCAAGACAUAAGUAAUCUUGGUAAUGGAAGUUUUGGGUCUGUCGUUUUGGCCAAGUACAAGCAAGACAAAGCUACUCUUUUGAAGGUAGACAUAAAGAAAAAGGGAACACUUAUUGAUCCUUUGACAGAAUCAGAUGCUCAUCUCAGUUGCUUGGUUGCAAUUAAAACUAUGAAGACCCCACUUCGUACUUUAGAUGAAGCAACAAGCCUUAAAGAAGUCAAAUUUAUUCUAUGCAUUCCCUCUCAUCCUAGCUUGGUACAGAUAUAUGAUAUGUUCAUUGAUAACAAGCAAUUCUCUCUCCAUAUUGUAAUGGAGUCGAUGAACCAGAAUUUGUACCAGUUAAUGAGAGCUAGAAAGAGGAUUAAGUUUUCCCCGGCAACCUUGAAAAGUGUUUUAACACAGCUUUUGGAAGCUAUUCGUCAUAUUCACAAGCAUGAUUAUUUCCACCGGGAUGUAAAACCAGAAAACAUUCUUAUUAUGCCUACGCUGCAAUAUUAUGGAUCAAGAGAGAACAUUCCACCCAGUCGGAGAGGAGAUAAUUAUGUUUUAAAGCUCGCUGACUAUGGCCUAGCACGCCAUAUAGGCAAUCUUUGCAAGUACACUUCUUACGUUGCUACAAGAUGGUAUCGUUCACCCGAAAUUUUACUAAGAAGAAUGUGGUAUUCCAAGCCUGUUGAUAUGUGGGCUUUUGGCACAAUUGCCGUCGAGGUAGCCAAUUUCAUACCAUUGUUUCCUGGAGCUAGUGAAGUUGAUCAGAUCUGGAGAGUCCUAGAAGUACUCGGAAGUCCUACGCUUCCUAGCUUUGGUACGCAUCUGUAUAAAAGACAUUAUUAUGCGCCUUUAGGUGGCUAUUGGAAAGAGGCUCAAUUAUUAUCGUCUAGAUUAGGGUUCAGUUUACCCUACACCGAUGGCGUACAACUAUGCAACCUUAUACCUGAUUCAGUUUCAGAAUUAGGUGAAGUUGUCAAAGCAUGCCUCACUUGGAAUCCCGAUGUAAGGGCUGAUGUUGAUACUAUUUGUGCUAUGUCAUAUUUUAAGAAUACUUCCGUUUCAAAAUCAUAUAAAGACCCCGAAAGACCAAGUAACAAGCUUGCAAGGCCAACUCCUUUGAAGGAAGUAAACAGCCCGUUUCAGCAGUUUUCAGGGAUACAGCCAUAUAAGAUGUCAUUAAAUGACUUCAAUAGCAAAAAGCGCAUAAAGAACAGCUCAAGCUUUGAAUCCCGUACUUUGAAUGUUCCACAGUACAAUAAUGAGAAUUAUUGCAAUAAUUCAUUUAGUCAAACAAAAAACAAUGUCAUGCUGAAGACUGAAUUCCAGAUACAUGAUGAUUUUGAUGACGGAUAUGAAAAGGAAUUUAUGAAGGAAUAUAUAGGCAAGCAAGCCGGUAAUUCUGACACUCGUGGAGACGUGCUUGAUUUUGAAGAUAGACGCAUCAAGGGUCCCGAGGAUGAUACUAAUAUAACACCCCGAGGUAUAAAUAAUACUCCCCCAGAACUUGCAGAAGAGUACUGCAAUGAGAGCUUUAAUUUCUAUGAUUUAAAUUACUCUAAUAAUGAAGGCGAUGCAAUAAUAACCGAAUAUGAUAGUGAAAACACCUACUCAAAAAACGACCAUGAUUACUCUUGGGAAGGGUUCAAUAAUCUCGAUAUUACCAAUAAUAAUAAUAAUAAUAAUAAUAAUAAUAAUACCGAACAGUACUUUUCAAAUAAUUUAGCAGCUUUAAAGGAGCCACUUGAAGACGAGUUUGGUAUAAUAGCAGAUAUAUCAUUCGGAAGUAGUCAUGGGAUUAAAUGUUGA